ACGAAGACACACUCCCUCUACACACACGAACCCCUCUCUCAGAGACUCUUCUUCUCUCCUCUACCUAAGGAAGAAUAAGAUGUGGUGAGGGAGGAGCAAAGCGGACGGCAACUCAAACACUUCUUCCACCAGACGCGACACUGCGCUGUGAGUCGGAGCCAGAACUCUCCUACAUCGCCCCCAUUGGCGCCCACCGCUCGUCGAUCGGUUUUGAACGCCCACCGUCACCUGGAUCACAGAUCGAGCCCGGUGAUCCGCGGAGACGGCUGCAAAGUGCGUUCUUGAUGCGGCCCUAGCUUCGCUACCUCCCCUCCCCGCCGCUCGACGGCCUCGAUCGGGCGAUCGGGGCGUUUGAUGCCCUCGCAUUGCGGGAAUCCGUUGCCGGUCGGUUGAAUCUGCGUGGAUACUUGUCGGGACUGUCCUUUUAUGUUUAGGGCUUUGGUUCUGAUGUGGAUCCACAGGAGGUUGCUUUGAUCUGGGUUUGAGGAUUUUGGGUUGCGGGGGAGUGGAGUUGCCAGGGGAUGAUAAAGGAGCUGCUUUGCUUGGUCGAAUGAUGAAUUCAGACACUUCUCUUGACUGCGCCGUGUUCAAGCUCUCGCCUAGACGCUCACGGUGCGAAUUGUUUGUCUCGGGAAAUGGAAAAACUGAGAAGAUUGCUUCUGGUUUCUUGAAGCCGUUCAUCACGCAUUUGAAGGUUGCAGACGAGCAGGCUGCACGGGUAGACAAGUCGAUAAAGCUCGAGCUUGAAAAAUCUCACGAUGCUGGCUCAUGGUUCAACAAAGGAACUCUUGAAAGGUUUGUUCGGUUUGUGAGUACACCUGAGGUGCUGGAAUCAGCCAAUACCUAUUAUGCAGAGAUGUUGCAGUUAGAAGGGGCCAGGAGAAUAUAUGCACAGGGUGGAGGAGAUACACUUCCUGGUACAUCAGGUGAAGAUGGUACAAAUACUGUAGCAGCUGCAGAUAUAACAAAGUAAACUUCUCUUCUUAUU